AUGGAGCCUGGGGAGCCCCGGGAGCCCCGCGAGCCCGCGCCGGGGGCAGGGACCGCCGCGGCCCCGAGCUGGGAGGAAGCCAAGACUUUCCACGACAACCUCGCGCCCAAGAAGAAACCCAAAUCGCCCAAGCCUCAGAAUGCAGUCACCAUUGCUGUGUCUUCCCGAGCCCUGUUCCGCAUGGACGAGGAGCAACGGAUCUACACGGAGCAGGGUGUGGAGGAGUACGUGCGUUACCAGCUGGAACACGAGAACGAGCCCUUCAGCCCUGGGCCGGCCUUCCCCUUCGUGAAGGCUCUGGAGGCUGUGAACAGGCGGCUGCGGGAGCUGUACCCUGAGAGCGAGGACGUCUUCGACAUCGUCCUCGUGACCAACAACCACGCUCAAGUGGGCGUCCGUCUCAUCAACAGCAUCAACCACUAUGACCUGACCAUUGAGAGGUUCUGCAUGACAGGCGGGAACAGCCCCAUCUGCUACCUCAAGGCCUAUCACACCAAUCUCUAUUUGUCGGCUGAUGCAGAAAAAGUGCAGGAAGCCAUCGAUGAAGGGAUCGCAGCCGCCACCAUCUUCAGCCCCAGCAGGGAUGUGGCUGUCUCCCAGAGUCAGCUGCGGGUGGCCUUCGAUGGGGAUGCUGUGCUCUUCUCAGAUGAGUCGGAACGCAUCGUGAAGGCCCACGGGCUGGACAGGUUCUUCGAGCAUGAGAAGGUCCACGAGAACAAACCUUUGGCCCAGGGCCCCUUAAAGGGUUUUCUGGAGGCUCUGGGUAGGCUGCAGAAGAAGUUCUACUCCAAGGGCCUGCGGCUGGAGUGUCCAAUCCGCACCUACUUGGUGACGGCACGCAGUGCAGCCAGUUCUGGAGCCCGGGCUCUCAAGACCCUGCGCAGCUGGGGCCUGGAGACAGAUGAGGCCCUGUUCCUUGCGGGAGCGCCCAAGGGCCCCCUCCUGGAGAAGAUCCGCCCACAUAUCUUCUUUGAUGACCAGAUGUUCCACGUGGCUGGGGCUCAGGAGAUGGGCACAGUGGCCGCUCACGUGCCUUACGGUGUGGCGCAGACACCCCGGCGGACCACACCCACGAAGCAAACCACAUCUGCACCAUAG